AUGGAGGCAAUACUGGGGAGGAAUACAUCCUCCAUAAGCUCGACGCCACCACGGUACUACGAAAUACUAUCGAACGUCGGCUGGCGUGAGGCCGUGCUACUCAUCACCUUGGCCUUGGUCACCAAUGUCGUCUACAAUGCAUACUUUCACCCUCUGAGCAAAAUCCCAGGCCCAUUCCUCGCAGGGGUGACAGAGCUCUGGAGGACUACCAAGUACGCCUCGGGUCAGUGGCACCAGGACAUUCUGGAUCUCCAUCGCAAGUACGGCCCCGUCGUGCGGAUUUCACCGAAUGAAGUCAGCUUCGUCGAUCAGGCGGCCCUUGAGCAGGUCUACAGCCACACUACAGGAACCAAGAAGACUUCGUGGUACGAUACAUGGACGUUCAGGGGAGCCGGGACUGGUUUCUUCAACACCACCAAUACCCAGGAACAUGCGUUCCUAAGAAAGAGGGUCGCCGGGGCCUACUCCAAGUCCGCGAUAAUGACCCAGGAGUCCUCGGUCCAGGAAGUCUUCGACCACCUCUGGCGAAAAUUCCGCCAAUUCGCAAAGGACGGACAAGAAAUCGACCUACAAGUUUGGGCAAACUACCUCGCCUUCGACGUCGUCGGCAAAUUAGGAAUGGGAGGCCCCAUUGGAUUCAUCGAGGGCGGGGACACAAAGGGGAUUCUGCACGCAGUCCACCAAAUCUUCUACGUUGCGGCGUCAUCGGGAUACCUCCCCGGGCAGAUGUUAUGGCUGCAGUGGCCAUUCGUCCAAAUCAUCAGUGACUUCUUCGGGGCCGCGCAGGGGUUCAAGCUCUUCCAGGAGUGGAGCAAGGGACAGGUCCGGAGCCGCAUUGCUGAGGGCCCGCCCAAGAGCUCACAGCGCCCGCGGGACCUGCUGGACCACUUCAUUUCCAUGAAGGAGCCUGACGGACAGAGUGCCACGGAGCCGAGCGUCCUGGCAGAGGUGGGCAACCUCAUCGGGGCCGGCGCCGACACCGCGGCUGUGGGCAUCGCCGUGGUCAUGGCACAGCUCAUGGAGCGCCCCGAAGACCUCGAAAGGUUGAGGCGGGAGAUAGACGAUGCGUAUGCCAAGGUGGAUCUCUCGAGUGAGGACUCCACGGGGUUGGGCGUGCGCGAGCUGGAAAAGCUGCCCUUUCUCAACGCCUGUGUGCAAGAAGCCACUCGUCUGUGUCCCAGCAUCUUGUGGCAGCUCCCACGGGAAGCCCCUGAGGCGGGGAUCACCAUCGCCGGACACUAUAUUCCUCCGAGUGCCACCUUGGGCAUGAGCCCGAUAGCCCACAACCGCUCCAAGGAGAUUUUCGGCGAUGACGCCGAUGAGUGGCGGCCGCAGCGCUGGGUGCCGGCUGAAGUCCACGGCGAUGGUGUGGCCACGAAAAGCGAUCGCCAACGGAAAAUGGAGAAAUACAAUGUCACUUUCGGAUACGGAUCCAGAGUCUGUAUCGGCCGACACCUCGCUGCCAUGGAGAUGAUCAAGUUCGUGGGCCAGUUUGUGCGCCAAUUCGAACUUGAGCCGGUGGACAAGGCCAGUCCAUAUCAGCGCAGGUCGCAGUGGUGGUGUCUGCAGGAAAACUUCCGGGUGCGUCUGAAAAUAAGAGACCAUUAA